UGGCGCUGCGCACCGUACGGGCACGGUGCGAUAUAUUUCGCUAUAUAAAAUUAAAACUCAAUUUUGUUCGUGAAAACUGUAAAUUUUAGUGAAUUAUAUGCAAUUAUUUAAGUUUUUGGAUCGUGUACGUGUUGUGUCAACGUGAUUGUGGCCCGCAGUGCUGUGUACACUGGGAUGUAACGUCUCGCGGUGUCGUCCAUUAAACCGUGCGAUCGUCUUUUCCAGGGAUGUGUGGGCCUGUACCCACGGGCUAGUUUUCGCCCUAAAAUAGUGCGUGUACUAAAAUAACUGACUUUAUUCCAUACUGACGUUUUGUUUUUGGCCAAAAUGUCUCGAGAGUCGAGUUUAUCGACCGAGUAUAAGUCUUGGAAACUGGCCAUAUUUAACUCUCUACGUAGUGCGUGGUCGCUGUCGUUGAUAGGGUAAUCUGUGCUUGUGUAUUAUUAUAUUAUAGAUGCGUUACCGCGAAGGACAUUCGAGCCGUGUUAUGUUGCUCGCUAUCGACAAUAACAUCGCGCAGAAUGCUUUGCCGACCCGCGCCGAGUGGCGUUCCAGCGCUUAUCUGAAGAUCGUUCACUAAUGGCGCUGUGGAGAGUAGUAAUAACGUUGGCCGUUGUCGCGGCUGUGGUGAGCGUCGACCAUGAACUCAAAGCAGAAAAUAAAGCGAAGAAGACCCUGGCGGCGGAAAGGGAGCAGAAAUCCCGAUCCGCGAGCCCUGGGCCUGAGAAGGGCUCGUUCGACAAACUGAGUAGCAUGCUGAACCGAACAGAACACCGACGACCGAAGAACCGCAACCGUGGAAAGAACAAUUUAAACAAGAUCCACCAAUUGAACAUCAAGCAUAGAAAUCAGCACGACGAUAUGAUGAACGACAACGAAGGCGCAAUAGCCAUUAACCAGAAAACGGUACCAGACAACGACACUAAUUCGUUGACGGAUAAGAUGAAGGCCUUGAGGCGCGAAGGCCCGGAUUAUAUGGCGGUAGACAAGUACAACUAUUUACCGCAAGUGACGGGGGUAUAUUGCAACUUUGAGAAUAUGUCGAGUGCCAUAGACAUGUGUAUGUGGUCUUGGAACUCUACGCUAUCGAGUCACGGCCUCGGGUUCAGUGUGGUGACUGCUGCGGAUGUGGUCCGCAUGAACAGCACUACAAGGGGCCUCAAAUUUUCGGGGCCCCCGACAGAUGCCGAUGAGAACGUGGGAGGUCAUUUCUUGUACCUCCCCGUGGACCCCACAAUGGAAAACAUGGUUAUCAAGUCUCCGCCCUUCCGAGGUCUAUGGGAAUUCUGCAAGUUCGAGGCGCGCAUGCAUCAGAGCAAGAUGCAAAACGCGAGCAUCCGUCUGGUCUCGGAGUCCACUGUCUCUGAGGUGCAGUGGAUCCUGCAGGAGGUGGCUGGGAACAACUUCGAGAUGUGGUACCCAAUGCGCUUCACAAUUGGCAAAGUCCAGCAGGAAGUGCGCAUUAUAAUCGAGAUAACCCGACCGAAUUACGUGAGCCUCUCGCACCCGCUGCCGCACAUAGCCAUAGACAACAUCCGGAUGGUGGAGUGCCUGCCUGAACCGCCCGUGUUCAAUGGGCAGUGCCAACAUGGACAGCUCAAGUGCAAUAUCAUCAAUAAGGAGUCAUGCAUCAAGCUGCAACAAGUGUGCGAUCUCGUAAAAGAUUGCGAUGAUGGGAGCGAUGAGACACAGAAUUGUGACAAAAUGCCGUACGGUUCUUAUUGCAACUUCGAACAUGACAACUGCGGGUUUGAAAACGUGCCACAGCCGAUACUGAAAUGGUCGCGUCACAACGGACCCACACCCACGGACAAGACAGGGCCCAACUAUGACCACACCUGUGGUCCACCAGACCCAUACCCCACCAUGCUAAUACCACCUCUAUUCCCAGCCCAUAUGAACUACAGUCUAUCGCAAUGUGUGGGUUAUUAUUUCUUCGUAAACAUGAACGUAACUGGGCCUAACAAGGAGAAAGCAGAUUUCGCGUCAACGGCAGUUAUGAAGACGGUUAUCUUCAAUCCACCCCCGAAAGUGCAUGGCAACAUCACGUCGAAGUAUUAUAACUGUUGCAUGAUAAGGUUCUACUACCAACAAAACGGCCGCAACUACGGCUCUCUCUCGGUGGAUUUAGUGGAGCUGACGUCACGCGGGAACACCACCACGUCGCUCUGGUUCUCCACUAAAGAUAAAGGGGAGAAUUGGUACCGAGCCGCUAUCUUCCUGCCCAAUGUUACAAGGAGGUAUUACCUCCAGUUUAAGACCCGUAUGGGCAUGCGUAUAUACUCCGACUCGGCUAUAGACGACUUCUCGAUGGCGCCGGAGUGUUUCGGGUUGAACAUCGACCCACAAGAGCUCGGAGACUACAAUUACUACGACCCUGUGUUUGAAGAGAAGACCACGCCACAUGCUGCGUUUGCUGAUCAGAUAUUCUACCGGUUCACAACGUGUGGGGCGACGGGUCGCACCGGUCCCAACCAGACGAUGUGCGACGUCGCUUACAACAACACGCCCGUGUCGGUCACCGUGAUGCCCACGCCGCCCUAUCAGGGUAUACAGGUGUGGGAGGUGCCUGCUGAGGGGAUAUACACGAUAAUAGCAACGGGCGCGUCAGGCGGGCUGGGGUCGGCGUGGGCGGGGGUGUCGCACGGUGCGCAGGCGCGGGCGCUGUUUGAGCUGCACAAAAGCGAACACAUCUACAUGUUGGUUGGACAACAGGGGAUGAACGCUUGCAAGAAGACGCUAUCAGCCCAAGAGGGUCAGAUCUGCAGCCGUCAGCACCAGAACGACUCGCUGCAAGUGUUCACCAGUAAGACACACGAGGUCCGCAACACGCAGGUGCACGACGGGGGCGGUGGCGGUGGCGGCGCCACCUACGUGUUUCUGCUGGACAAAGAAGGCCAGGCCCUGCCGCUGCUGGUGGCCGGCGGGGGCGGAGGCAUCUCGGUAGGCAUUUUCCGAGACGACGGCUCGCAACACGGCAAGCCUCACACGAACGCCACGCCCGAAUCUGGCUGGAUGUACGGCGAGCCUGGACGCACCUCUGGAGCUGGAGGUGGCUGGGUGUCCCGGGCCGGGCCCAUCACGCCGGGGUUCGAGCUGGUGCGCGGCAACGCGGUGAAGGAGGGCGGCGUGGGGGGCCGCGCCUGCGCGGGGCAGGCCGACGGGGGCUUCGGGGGCGGCGGCGGGGGCUGCCUGCGGGGGGGAGGCGGCGGGGGCUGGCUCGGUGGCAACACUAACGACGGAGAAGGCAACCACGGCGGCGGCGGGUGGUCAUACAUCGACGCGUCGCGAGCUAUCCGGGAAUACAGCGAGGUGACAGUCGCGCAACGGACCGGGCCGGGGGAAGUGCUUAUAUUGCCGGCUAUACACGACUGCGGCUGCGACUACCGCUGCGUGGCCCUCAACGAGUACCGUAGCGACAUCAAGUGCUACUGCCCGGCGUCCUGGAGCACCGACGCGCAUGACGCUACCAAGUGUAUAUUGGAGGAUUCCUGGCCUCGUAUUUCGUGGAUGGUGGUGAUCGCGCUGUCAGUAGCGGUGUUCGUGUGCGCGAUCGGAGUCAUCGGCGUCUGUCUAUACUUGUAUAACACAUACCAACGCAAGAAAGAAGCCGAAGUUCGUCAAAAGCGUCUUCUCGAGCAAGAAGUACAAUUGCAUCGCCUGCGCAACGCCCCGGGGAACAACGAGAACGCCUUGUCUAUGGCUUUUAACCCUCACUACGGAAGUGAGGGCAUUCUCCCGCCAGGAGUGGACGUGAGAGGGCUUCCACAGGUGUCCAGAGAGAGCCUGAAGCUUGUAAACAGAGCCUUGGGCCAGGGGGCCUUUGGAGAGGUGUACCAAGGCUUAUACCGACAUCGAACUGGCGACUCCGUGGAAAUGCCGGUGGCAGUCAAGACUUUGCCCGAGUUGUCCACUGGGCAGGCCGAGACGGAUUUCUUGAUGGAAGCGGCGAUUAUGGCGAAGUUCAACCACCCGAAUAUCGUGCAUCUUAUCGGCGUGUGCUUUGAUAGGCAUCCCAGGUUCAUAGUCCUGGAGCUGCUAGCGGGCGGCGAUCUAAAGAACUUCCUGCGCGAGAGUCGUCCCAAACCCGAGCGCGCCAGCGCACUCACCAUGAAGGAUCUCCUCCUGUGCUCUCUGGAUGUUUGCAAGGGCUGCAGAUAUCUAGAGGCCAAGCGGUUCAUUCACCGGGACAUAGCAGCGCGCAACUGCCUGCUUACGUCCCGUGGGCCAGGGCGUGUAGUAAAAAUCGCCGACUUCGGUAUGGCGCGCGACAUAUAUCGCGCCGAUUACUACAAGAAGGGCGGCAAAGCCAUGCUGCCGAUAAAAUGGAUGCCGCCAGAGGCUUAUAUAGAUGGCGUUUUUACCGUUAAAACUGAUGUUUGGUCAUACGGUGUGCUGCUAUGGGAGGUGUUCUCUCUGGGCGUGAUGCCAUACACCGGCUGCGCCAACCGGGAGGUGAUGGACAUGGUAUCUGGAGGGGGCCGGCUUGAGAAACCCUAUGGUUGUCCACAAGAGAUAUACCGUCUGAUGUGCGAGUGCUGGAACCCAAAUCCAGAUGAAAGACCAGCCUUCGCGCACAUGUUUGAUCGCCUGCAGAGGUUCUUACAGGACCCAGAAAUAGUGUCGGCUCCAUUACCAAUAGUGAAGUCCGUACUACCGCCACCUACCGACGUCGAUGUGAACUCCGACGGAUCACAGCGCGCGCCGGCGUGUGACUACCUCGUGCCGAUGUCACCACAGGACAACCCCGAGCAGACAAAUAGCUCAACGGACCAGCUGGUUCCUCAUAGCAAAUCGCCAACGGCGGCCCAGGACCAGGACGAAACGGAGGAUUCACCAUAUCCACCUCUACUGAAAGCAUCACAAGAAUAUGGCAACAUUCCAAUGGUGUCUCGGGGCGGCAGCGUCAGGGGCGCAGACGGUUCCGUCUCUUCCGUCGUCGAGACGAGAGCCACAAAGUUUCUGCCGUCUAACUCCACUGAUAGACUUCUAGACGGCGUCUCCUUGGAGGACGACUCAGCAUCGGAGAACGAAGACAGCGUGGAUGUGUACGAGACAUCCUUCACUGAGGUCCGGCCGAAGAGCAACUCUGUCGAGUUUAAAAAGCGCCGCAAUUCUGGGCCGAUGGUCGACAAACUAAUAAGCAUAACACCAACGUCACCCAAGCCGCCAGAGAACGCGCUGUCAAAGACAAUAGAGCUCACAGUCAUAGACAAGACCAACCAUAAGAGCUUAGGGGUCGAACGUAAGACUGCGCCCAUAGCUUCCCCCGACCCUCCCCGCAUCAAUGCUUGGCCCAAAGACGCCCCAAAACUAGCCCCAAAACCGAAGCCUCUCUGCCUGGAUGCUGCACAACUGGAACAGAACCUGAACGCUCUAAAAAAGAACAGUGGUUCAGUCAACUUGACUACAAUGAAUAUUCUACCGCCAUACAUAAACGUCGUCACACCAAACAAGCUUUCAGAGUCGAAAACUAUACAAAUUGACCCUAAAAAAGCUGUGAUCCACGACUUGCAAAGUCCUAAAGAUGAGGUGGAGGAAAAGGGGAAGCUAAAGCAGUCUAAUUCGGCCGCGAGUUUACUGAACGGUCCAAUGACUGAUGUCCCAUACGCUGACAGCGACAAUGCGAGCACAAGCUCGGGCAGCAACGGCCCAAACGGCAAAAACAAUAAAAAGAACAAAAACAACUACACAGAGAUUGUCGUCGGCAAUGAUAGGAGUAAAAUUAUAAAACAGGGUAGCAAUGGCAAGGACUCCGAAAUUAGCUGUUAAAUUAACCGUCUAGAAGUGAAUACAGUUUGGUUGUGGUGCGAAAAGUGCUGGUCUAAGCCACCGUUAAGGAACAGACUUUAAUAAUGUUAACUAAUAAUAUUGUACAUACUAAGUCUAUGUUUUAAAUAGGACCUACAUUUAAGACAUCAUAGCAUUUUAUGUAAAAAAAAAUAUAUGUGAAUUUUGAGUAUUUUUGUUAAUACAUGUACAAAAAUUUUCUUUUUAUAUAAAAAUGAAAAUGGUAGAAUUUAUUUGACGAAUAAAUUUGCUUCCCGAAUCGCUUUUAUAGUAAAUAGGUUUUGCUCAAUUUGCUCAAUGUUUUGCGAAAGAAGUAGUCCAUUGAUUUAGAUUUUCUACUUAGAUUCUAUCCGGAUAUUUAUAUUUGUAAACUUUUUAUAUCUCGCUUAUUAGCUCCUUAUUGUACGGCUAUUUUUACAAGUUUACAUCGACGUCGUUGGUUUUGUAAAAUCAAAAUGGCUGACUAAAGAUGGCGGAUUACUUUUUACUUUAUUUAAAAACACAACAGAAUGCAGGCUUAUGCUCUUGUAAUGGCAGAUUUUCAUAAACGUACUAUUUAUUGUUUAAAAAAUGUUUUUAUGGCAUCAACGACGUGUUUCGACCAUUUUGAGUUUGUUUAUGGCUUUUAUUCAUUGUCAUUAUGUUAUUACUACUCGUAAUAGGUAUAGGUAAUACAUGAAUCGAAAAAUACCUCUUAAAUUAUACAUAUCGUUGUGCACUAUUAUUUGGUAGUAAGUGGCCAGAUAUAACAUGUUUUUUUUUUUAAUUAUUUCUUAUGCUCUACUUUCCACACUUUCACGAUAUAAAACCUCUUUAUACUCUUUACAAUCUGAGCUCUCCUCUCCAUACCUUCAUAAAUUCACAUCUAUCAGCCAGGUAAUAAGCUCGCGACAGUAAGCAAACAGUUUACCGAUUGGUGUUUUCUCUCCUUCAGCGCUCAUCACUAUUGACCCGUUGAGAGCCGCUUCUCUCAGACUUAACCUUUUCAAACCUGAGCCGAGGUUCACGAGACACUCAGUGAGAGCCUUAAAUGGUCCUCAAUUGUCCGCUUAAGCAGCUUUAAAGUAGUAAACACGGCCGUCCGUGGCAAAUCGCAAUAAUGUAACAAAAUUCAUAAUUCAAAUAGAAACAGUACUGAAAAAAUAGGAUUUUAUAAGUAUUUUUGCUUAUUAUUAAGGCAUUUGAAAGCGCAUCCGCAAAUAUCAAGGUACGUCCAUCACGUUAGACUGUCCCUUAAACAAACUUCAAAAUGGUCGAAUAUUACUGCUAUGUCAGAAAAAAAGAAUGGUCCUAUAGAUUCCCGCGUUUUUUGACAUAAAAGUAAUUAUAUUUAAUUAUUUAUAUUAUUAUUGUACCCUCGAUGUUAAUACCUAACCUAAACAUAUUUUCGGAAUCAAACGCACACAGCAAUUUGUAACAGAUACUUAGAAUAUCUCAAAAUUAUAUUUAAGGUGUUUAUACGAAUUAAACCUAGGCCCCAUUUAAGUCUUAAAGGAUUUUACUUUAAAAAAAAAUAACUGUCAGUAAACAUUUUUUACGAAAUUAGGAAAAGAAACAUGUCGCAAUUAAAAUUAAAUAAUAUUAUUAAUCAUUCCAAAGGUGUGUAGAUUAAAUACGGGGCCUGCUUUUCUUAGUUUUGAAGUUAAUGGUAAACUGUGUUGGUAUUUGUAAAAAAUAGGAGAUUUAAAGAAAAAUGUACUGUAUCCAAUUUUUCGCGAUGUCAUGAAUAUAACAUGUAACGGGUUAUCAAAACCUUUUGUGUUUAUUAUAACUAAAAUAACAUUUUAGAUAAAAUUAACUAGCAAAAUCGUAGUAGUGCUUAAAAUGUUUGUAAAUAAUUAAAAAAGUAGUUAUUAUGAUUUAUUCCGCCCCAAAAGAAAUAUACGUUAAUAAAUUACAAUUAAAAAAAUAUAUAAGUUAAAUGUAGUUAUAGAAUAUCCAAUCAUGCAUCUAUGAAAUUUUUACUCUUUUUUUAAAUGUUUCGCGGGUAGCCACAACACUGUUUCUGUAGAAAAUGGCACCCGCUUCGUUAGAAUUUGGGGAAGAGUGUGUAUACAUUACACUAGGAAUUAUUGGAAAAUAGUUUUAUUAUAUAUUAUUAUUAUAUAUACUUACAUAUAUAUGAAUUAAAACAACAUGUGUUAAUCACAAUGUGGAUGCUUUAAUUAAACUAAGAUAGACUAAGAGAAUAGCAUGAUUUUAUUUAUACUUUUUACGUUAUAUCAGAGUAGUGCCAGAAUACGUUUUUAUUUACUGCCUGUUUAAAAAGCAUUUACUAAGGUUGUUUUUUAUAAUUGAGGCAUGAAAUGACAGGGUAUCAUGGUAUUUUCAUUUGAUAAAUAUUAAAAUUGAUAAAGGGCAAUUUUCUGAAACAACCCUUUAUAAUUGUUAUGUUUAAAUAUCCCUACGCGGCAAGGUAUCGAAUACCUACCGAUAAAUUUUAUGGUUUUAAGAAAAAUGCCCUUCUUUUUAUCGUAAUUGAUUUCACUACUAUAUAUGCAACGGUUAUCUACUUGCAAAGUAAACGAAUUGUAUUAGAAAAACAAUUUUAUAAUUUUAAAAUUAAAUGUCAGGUGAUUUUCUAAAAAUUCUGACGAAAUUGUACACUGAAAAAUUAUAUAAAAUUGAUAAAAUGUCAAUAAAAUCUAAAUUGUCGAUAAACGACUCAAAAUCAAUUGUUUUUGACGAAUAACGUUUGAUUGUCACUUCUAAACGUUGCUCAAUUUAGAUUUAUUCUUUUCGAUUUAGUAAAAUGUUUUAAUUAAAAAAAAACUUUUUAAUAAAAAAAUGAGAAAUGUGGUUGUGACAUAAGUAUAGUACGGAUGAACACGAGAAGAGAAAGUUCCUUUUAAAUUGAAAAGAGUGACUUUGAAAUGUUAUUCUUCAUUUAUUUAAAGUCCCCAAAUCCAAAAACUUCUUUAUAACAUUAGUGUAUUUAACUGGUUUGAAAGAACAACGAAAUUUUAAAAAGUAUUUAAAAAAGAGGUUUAUUUUCACAACCUUUUUUCAGCUACAGAUUAAAUAAUAUUGUGUACCAUGAUGAACCCCUUUUGUAAUCAGCAGUAUUAGAUGAUAUUAUAUGCUAAUAAUAGAAAAGCACUUAUUAUAAAAUAAAUAUAAUGAAAUGGCGUAAUGUAAAAUUUAUAAAAU